CUUUUUGAAAUAUAAAUAUUAUAUACAGUUUAUAUCAUGUAAAUAUGAGUUUAUGUCCAGCUGGUAUUAUUACUCUCAAUCAUUUUUACUCCAGAUCGUCCAGAUGUUUUUGCCAGAAAGUCUUUUGUAAACCUUAUCUUACUUUUACUGUCCUUUUGUGUUGUUCUUUCUCUUCUUGGCUGCUUCCAUCAUGUGUGUUUUUAUUUACAUUGUGUUGAUAUCAGUUGGUACAAUAAAGUUGUGUGUAAAGUACAUUGUUGGGGUGUCUGUACCAUUUUUACUUCCACAUUAGAAACAAACAGAUGUGGUUACUUUCUUGAUACUUAGAUGUGUCCCUUUCGGGUGUGAUUCUAGAAGGUAAGACAUUCUUUUUAAAGAUUUAUAAACGUGAUUAAAAACUAAACUAGACUCAUAGGCUGAGUGAUGUUCUUGAUGUUUUACUCAUGCUUCAUUCUCAUUAAUUCUGUGCAGUAGAAACUGCAAAGAAACUAAAGAAAUUUUACUUCAAAUAAGCAUUUUUAUUGUUUUGUAAAGUCCUAAUAAACCAAGUUAAAGAGUGAACACUUUGUGGCAUAAGUUUAGCAGUAUAACGUUUAUUGACAGUGGACAUGUGGUUUUUAUAAACUGCAGUGAACUUUGUGGUUUUUCUGAGUCAUGUUUUUUUAUCUUCUAGUGGACGUUCAUAUCUUUACCUUGGUCUAGAAUUAUACUCAAAGAGCUGAUUCUGCAACGAUUUGUACAAAUUGUUUGUUUGAAAAAAAUGUAAAUUAAAGUUAAUGACAUCUGGUGAAAAAUCUAAUUAUGUAAUGUGUAAUAAAAUCCUUGGUUUAUUCUUAGAAUUAACAAGUAAAAAAGCACAUGGAAAAUACACCACAUUAAACUUGCCCAUCUUCUUUGCUUUGUUUGUGUUAGUCAGUUUUAUUUAUACAAAAUUUAACCACAAACCCUUCAAAACUAAUAGAAGAAAAAAAUCUAAAGGACAACAAAGAAAAGUUUUAAUUACUAAACUAUUCACAUUGUUGCCAAAUCAUUAAUUAAAAGUUAGCCCUAAUACUGUACAGUGCAAAUAUGGAGUCAGUGUAGCUCGUUAUUAAGCACCACUGCUAAUCAGUAACAUUAUUUUGAAGCAAAAUCAUACAUUGCAUAAAGAAGCAAAGAGGUCAAGUGUCAUUCGUGUUUUACUGCUUUCAGUCUUUGGACCCUGCACAGAUGUUGAAAAGAGGUGGAUCAGACGGAAGUUGCUCAGAGGUGUGAUUACCUGGAGCUCAGACACAUCUCGAACAAGGAGAGUUUGGAGAAAAAGCUGCCAGGAUGUGUUGAAGUUCAAAAAGCCCCAAACAUCAGAAGGUAAAGACAAAUAAGCAAAAUGGACAGAAGGAGAAGAAUGCUUCUGCAGCUGCUCGGCCUUGUUGCUCUUCUUGCUUGUGCCCAGUGCCAGUGUCAGUCAGGCUGGAGGGAGUACGAGAACAAAUGCUACUUCUUCUCCACCGACGUGAAGUCGUGGGAUGAGGCCAAUGCGUUUUGUUUGUCACAGGACAGCAAACUUAUGAGCAUUCAGGACAUUAAUGAAAGGUUGUGGAUGAGGACACAAAUCGGUCAGGAGAUCUACUGGAUCGGCCUGAAUGACAAGUUCAUCGAAGGCGUCUGGGAGUGGAGUGAUGGGAGCCCUUUUAUAGAAUACCUAUCAUACUGGAUGCCGGGCCAGCCUGAUAAUUAUGGUGACGAUCCUGGAGAGGACUGUGGUCAGGUGAUAGGAUAUAGCUUCGGUCAUUGGAACGACGAAAACUGCAACGUUCCUAGGAAAUACAUCUGCAAACACAUCAACCCCAAUCCUGGACCACAGUGUGAUUUAUCCAGUGGCUGGAGACAAUACGGCUCAAAUUGCUACAAACUAAAGACCGACACAAGAAAGAGCUGGGCAGUAGCCAGACAUGACUGUCUGCAGGAAGGCGGAGACCUGGUGUCCAUCACCACAGCAGAAGAAGAGCAGUACGUCAUGGGAGCGCAGGACGGAUCAGAGGUGGACCUCUGGAUUGGAUUCACCACGCUGAAAUGCAACACACUUUCCUGUCAAGUCGAAGUGGGGAACAGCCAGUUCACAUGGUCUGAUGCUCUUCAAGGGUCGUACACGAACUGGGCCUCUGGUCAACCAGAAGUGGACACGCAGGCCGGCUCGUGCUCUGUGCUGAUCAGAGAUGCAAGUGCAGAGUUUGGGAAAUGGAGGACGAAUCCUUGCAGACAUGAACGCCCUUACAUGUGCAAAAGGCGACUGAACACCAUCUGUCCUCUGGGAUGGUUGAGCUUUGCUGGAAGCUGUUAUUGGAUGGUCAGUAAUAACUUUCUCUUGACCACCUGGCAUGAGGCUCACUUGAGGUGCUUAGAUAUGUCGGCCCACCUUGUGAUUAUAAACAGUCAAGAGGAGCAGAUGUUUAUAAAUGGGAAACUCCCAGACUUUCACCAAGUGGACAUUCCUGACGUCUGGAUUGGAUUAUCAGAUAAGGACAAAGAUGGUGAAUUCAAAUGGGUGGACAAAACUGCAAUUACUUUCUCCAACUUUGGUCCCGGGUGGCCCAGAAACACCGAGGUCCUCUGGGACUGUGGACAGAUCUUCACAGGAAAUUAUGAAGGAAAAUGGGAAACAACCAACUGCUUCAAGAGCCUGGGUUUCAUUUGUGAGAUGACAGGCGGUCAGGGCCCGAAGCCAACUGCAGCUCCCGAUUCCCACUGUGACCGUGGAUAUUUGUUGUAUGGGGACCACUGCUAUCAUUUCGAAACUGAGAUGGCAAAAAACUGGCACGAUGCUGAGGCUCGCUGUGUCUCGGAGCAAGGUCAUCUGGUCAGCUUCCAGUCACAGGAUGAGCUGAGUUUCCUAACGGCUCACAUGCCAGGAGAAGCCUGGACUGGUUUGAAUGACAUCGAUAAUGAAGGCCACUUUGUUUACACUGAUAGAUCUUCUACAGGAUUCCUGCCAUGGGCACCCAACCAACCAGACAACUGGCAGGGUAAUGAGGACUGUGUGCAGCUCAGGGGGAUGAACCACCAUGAAGCUGGGCUAAUUAACGAUGACUUCUGCUCCUCCAACAAGGAAUAUAUUUGCAAAAAAGCUAAGGGACAAGGGCCUCCUCCCCAGCCACCAACAUCUGGACCAGGAUGGAAUGAAAAAUGUGGCUCUUGGACACCUGACCCUUUUAAUGACUACUGCUACCUGUUUAACUACAUGUCGAUGAGAACGUGGGCUGAGGCUCGAGCUGACUGCGUCAACCAGGGAGGAGACCUCGUCAGUAUCACGGAUCCCUUCGAACAGGCUUUUAUUCACGGUGUGAUCCAGCAGGUUCCCACAGGGAUCUCUCUGUGGAUGGGUGGUCAUGACUCCAUUGUUGAAGGCGGCUGGGAGUGGACAGACGGAGCUCCCUUCAGAUACAUUCACUGGAAUGCAGGUAAUCCAGACGACUAUUAUGGUGAAGACUGUCUGACUAUGCUCAUCAACAGCGGCUACUGGAAUGACGACAACUGUGAGUACAAAAGAGGAUACAUCUGCAAGAGGAGAGGAUUAACACCAAAGCCCCCUCCACCUCACGACGGGUAUAUGACAGCACUGGUGUGCCAGGACUCCACUGCCGUUCUUCACUGUCCGCAUGAAAGCGUUAUCAACAUCCAGUCUGCUUUCUAUGGGCGAAAGAGUGCCGACAUCUGUCCACACCUGGAUGAGUCAGGAGGGACCUGCACAGUGGAAGGCAUCCUUCCUCACUACAGAAAGAUGUGUGACAACCACGCCAUAUGCUUUGCCUACGCCCAUGUGGAGCAGGACCCUUGUCCAUCAGUUUCCAAAUACCUGGAGAUCACCUACACCUGUGAACAAAAGGUGUGUCUGCAUGGUCUGGGUGUUGAGGAUGGAAACAUCACAGACCCCCAGCUCUCGGCUUCCUCCUCAAUUGGCCAGUUCACCCCCAACAAAGCCCGUUUGCAUGGAAACUCUUGCUGGAUGCCGUCAGGAAACCCAACAUCAAGCUGGAUCCAGGCAGACUUGGGCCAAACUAGAAAAGUAACAGGAAUAGUAAUUCAAGGUUGUCCGGGCAAUGACCACUGGCUCACCAAAUUCAAGCUUCAGCACAGCAUGGAUGGAAGCACUUGGACUGAAUACACAGCUGAUGGACAGUCUUUCCCAGGUUCAACAGACAGGAACACUCCGGACACCCAGCUGCUGGGUACGCCCGUGUCAGCCAAGUACGUCCGCAUCCUCCCGCUGGAGUAUCACGAUGAAGCAGGCCUUCGCUUCGACGUCUUGGGAUGCACGCCUGACUAUGCGAUAACAUGUGCUAGCAAGCCCAACUUCAACUUUGCCAUUGAUCAAAUGAGCGUCCAUUGCCCAGCACAGUGUUCAAAAGCUAGCUACAACCUAUACGGCACUACAGUGUAUCGUGGGGACUCAAACAUCUGUGCAGCAGCUAUUCACGCUGGAGUGAUACUAAAUGAUGUUGGAGGAGACUGCACUUUGCUGAAAGCAGCGGGACAGAACUUUUAUCCCGGCUCCACCAGGCACGGCAUCACCUCGAAGCAAUUUGAUGGAAACUAUGGUGUGUCGUACACUUUUGCAGACGGGGAGCUGAGGUGUCCAGGGGACGACUGGUACGAGUUUGGAGAGUACUGCUACAAACCCUUCGAUGACAAAAAGACAUGGCACAAUGCCCGUCACAGCUGCAGGAGCCUGGGUGCGGACCUUGUCUCCAUCCGCUCCAUGACGGAGCAGAGCUGGCUGGAGAGCUACCUGUACUUGGCCACCAGUGACACGUGGACUGGUCUGAAUGACCUGGUUAUACCUGGUAUGUUCACCUGGAGUGAUGAACACAUGGUGACCUUCACCUACUGGGCUCCAGGAGAACCAAACAACCACGAUGGGUUCAGCGAGGACUGUGUCGAGAUGCUGCACCAGACUGGCAGGUGGAACGAUGUCUCCUGUAACGAGCUCAAUACCUACACAUGCAAAAAACCCAAAUCUCAUUACCCAGUACCUUCUGCGAAACCUACAGUGUAUGGAUGUCCUGAGGGAUGGGAAGCCUACGGCUACUCCUGCUACUGGAUGGAGGACAAAACCAUGAAAUGGUCUGAGGCGAAGGAUUUCUGUAAAGAGAAGGACAGCUUCAUGCUGCACAUCGGAGACAUCUAUGAGCAGGCACAUUUUACAGUGGCGCUGUCAGGGAAGACGGGCUUGUGGUGGAUCGGCCUGCGGGCUCACGGAGGGCUCGGUGGAGGGGUGGAUUACAUCUGGGACAACGACGCGCCUCUCACCUUCACCCACUGGGACAAAAACCAACCAGACAACGGGGAUGGCAGCUGUGUGGCUAUGACAACAGGCCGAAUUGGUGGCUUCUGGGAUGACCAGCCAUGCUUGGAUAAACACUCCUUCGUCUGUGAGAAACCUAGGCCCGACAUCUCCCCACCUACGAAACCGCCCACUCCUCCGCCAUCGCAAGGCUGUGCCAACGGCUGGACGGCGCUGCCUCACUUCAGACAAUGUUACAAGCUCUUCCACAAUGUGGCCCCGUCCCUGAGGAAAAGCUGGGAGGGAGCACUUGAAGACUGUGCCUCCAGAGGCGCAAAUCUGGUCAGCAUCCACAACCAGGAGGAGGAGGAGUUCCUGGCUCAGUACAGCAAAGGCAGCACUAAGUGGAUCGGCCUUAAAAACAAUCCACUAGAAGGAGGGUUCUCUUGGAGUGACGGCACACCGCUCGCUCACACCAACUGGGGCGCAGGGGAGCCCAACAACCACGAUGGCCGCGAGGACUGUGUAGAGAUGGUGAGCUCCACCAACGGCACCCACUCCUGGUGGAACGAUCAAUUCUGCGGCGCCCACCAGGACUGGAUAUGCAUGAUCGCCAAGGGGAAGAAUCCCAUCAUACCUCCAGUUCCCCCACCAGACAUCCCAGCUCCUGACUGCGGAACCAACGUGGGCUGGAGGAAGAACAACAACAUCUGCUACUACUACAACGACACCGACAUAGUGGACUUCCACACAGCUCUGAUGCGCUGCUACGCAGAGAAAGCGCUGCUCGCGUCCAUCCACAGCGACGAGGAACAGACCUUUGUGAACAGCAUGGUGGGGACAGGGAGGAUUGACGGAGCCUGGAUUGGAAUGAGGGCAUCUGAUAUAAUAAAUGAACAUUACGUCUGGGUGGACUCUUCCCCAGUGACAUACACUCACUGGGCUCCGGGUGAGCCCAACAAUGCCAACGGGGAGGAGCAAUGUGUUCAGAUGUACAAGCACUACGGUGGAUGGAACGAUGCCAACUGCGGUCGGGCUGGAGCAGGAUACGUGUGCAAGAAGCUCCCAGGAGAUAUCCACACCCCUCCUCCACCCACACAGCCAUGGGAGGGUAACUGCCCUGAAGGGUGGAUGCUUUUCAAGGACAAAUGCUUCAUGUUUAAAGGGAAAAAGCAUGACAUGCGAGGCAGCUGGCCUUUCGCCCGAAACUGGUGCAAAGAGCAGGGAGGAGAGCUGGCGGUCAUCGACAGCCAGUACGAGAACGACUUUGUGGCCAGUUACCUGCGGGACCUGGAGCACCCCACGUGGAUCGGCCUGUCGGACCUCUUGGUGGAGAAUCAGUAUGCGUGGAGCGAUGGGGUCAGUCCAGUGCUGUACACCAACUGGAACGACAAGGAGCCCAACAAUGCGGGUGGAGCGGAACAUUGUGUAGCAAUGACUCACAGUCACCUGGUGACCGGCAGGUGGAAUGAUGAUGCCUGUCAUAAAAACUAUAGCUUCGUCUGCUACAGGAAGAAAUCAAGCAGCAUUAAGCCUCCUCCCCCGACCAAGAGCCCCUGCCCAGCUUGGUACCCCAUCUCCUGGUACAACAACUGCUACAAGCUGGUGGAAGAGGCGGCGACCUGGGACGCCGCGCAGGCAGCCUGCAAGAUAAAGGGAGGCAACCUGGCGAGCAUCGACAUGAGCUACGACCAGGCUUUCAUCGCAGGAGUGGUGCUGCAGGGCAGAGCAGACGCCUGGAUCGGCCUCAGGCGCAAGGAUGACAGCUCCUACUCGUGGACUGAUGGCUGGCCAGUGUUUUUCACCGAAUGGGGACCAGGAGAACCCACCAACGUCAAGGACGAGGGCUGUGUCAGCAUGCACGCCUCACGGGCCUUCCACGGAACGUGGAACGACACCAAGUGUGACCUGGAAAAGCCGUACAUCUGCAAGUACUCCACAGAGAAGCCGCCGGCGACUCCCGCCCCUGGCGGUGGGAUGUGUCUGAAGCACUGGGCCCCGUAUGGCCGCCACUGUUACUUUGUCUACAACGACGUAAAGGGCUACUCGUGGCCGGACUCCCGCCACCACUGCCAGACAUUCGAGGCAGAGCUGGUAUCCAUUCACAGCAGGGCAGAGGUGGAGUUCAUCAGGACCCUCAACUCCAGCAAAAAACACAACGUCUGGAUCGGCCUCACCAGGGACAGUCACUUUGGCUGGGGCUGGACAGACAAGACGUCUUUGGGUUUCGUCAACUGGGCUCCCGGUGAGCCCAACGCAGCCUUCCACCCCGGGGAGGUGGGCGAGGAGAGCUGCGUGGAGAUGUACGCCGAUGGACGCUGGAACGACAACAACUGCCUGCAGAAGAGGGGCUUCGUGUGUCGCCACCGGCAGUUCCAUUCCACAGAUGAUAACGGUAAACCUGUUUAUCCCACUGAUGCCCCAGCAGCAGACAAUGGAGGGGUGAUAGCCGGCGCUGUCAUCGCAGCCAUUGUGAUUUUCAUCCUCAUAGUUGGACUGCUGUACUAUGUCUUCAGUGUGCGGGGGUAUAAACUUAGCGCUUUGAGUCUGCCGACUAGAACAACCAGUACCGUUGAAGUGCCGGCUUUCACCAACCCCAACUUCUCAGGAGAAUCAGACACAUAAAUGUAAUGAUUUCCUUUUUUAAACAAAUCAAUACUAUUGUAGAUGGAAGAUAUGUUGUUUUAUAAGAUUAAACAGUGUUGUAUAUAUUGUAAUGCACAAAUAAAUACCUGUAAAUUUC